AUUAUAACAUCUGACAAAUCCACAAGUCGAGUCCAGCCCGCAUGGCCUCUAGCUUCAGCGUCACCAACCUCUCUCUCUCUUCCUCUGCCUGCCCUGAUUCCGCCUGUUCUCCUCUGGUAUUCAAGCCAGAAAUUCUCCAAAAAUGUCUAUCAAACCUACCGAUCGCCUGCCCCUCCCCAACUCCACCGUCCGCAUUCCGCGCCUCGGCUUCGGUGUCUACCGUUCGCCUACCUCCCAAUGCGUCCAAUCCACCCUCAAGGCCCUGGAAGUGGGAUACCGACACAUCGACACCGCGCAAUUCUACGGCAAUGAAAGCGAAGUCGGCGAGGCCCUGCGCACGUCCGGCAUCCCCCGCGACGAAGUCUUCGUCACUACCAAGAUCCUGAGCCCCGCCGGCUCGGCCGAGCAAACCUACGACAAGCUGUUGGCCAGCGUGGAGAAGAUCGGUGGACCGGGCGGUUAUGUUGAUCUGUUCCUGAUUCACAGCUCGAGCUCUGGACCUGCCGGGAGAAAGCAGCUGUGGCAGGCGCUGGAGAAAUUGCAUGCCGAGGGCAAGGCUAAGGCUAUUGGUGUGAGCAAUUACGGUGUGCAGCAUAUCGAGGAGAUGAAGGCGUAUGCCCAGGUGUGGCCACCACAAGUCAACCAGAUUGAGCUCCACCCAUGGUGUCAGCAGCGCACCAUCGACGCAUACUGCAAGCAGCACGGCAUCAUCGUCGAAGCCUACUCGCCCAUCGUUCGCAACUACAAAGCCAAUGACCCCACCCUUGUCGAGGUUGCGCAAAAGUACAACCGGUCCACGCAGCAGGUCUUGAUCCGCUACGCGCUGCAGAAGGGCUGGGUACCGCUGCCUAAGACCGAUAACCCAGAACGUAUCGCUUCCAAUGCGGACGUGUUCGGUUUCGAUAUCAGCGUGGAGGAUAUGGAUAUCCUGAACUCGCUCGAUCAAGGCGAUGCGGGCGCCAUCGUGGAGGCCGUGGCCAACGAGUAGAAAUAUGGCGUUCUCAUGGUUGUCGCUUUAUCAGGACUGGAUUGUCGACCCCGCUGAGAAGCCAUCCUUGGACGGACACUUGAUGCAGAUCUACCGGCUGAAAUCAAUAAUCCGGCGGCUGCAUCAGAAAGGCGUUUACCGACUGCAGCGUCGAACGAGACGGAUUCACGUCAUGUUUAGACGAGACGAUCCAUGCAAGACGCUGUCGGAUAAACUGCUUGCUGAUCGAGCGCUUGGCUAGCGAGGCAUCGAAGGUUCCUGGGGGUUUCGACGCAGUUAGUUAUUUUGAUUCCCUUUUGCCGUUUCAUCUAGCGUGUAAAUUCAUUGAACAAUAUGUUCCUUUUCUUUGGGAGGGUGUCUUCGCAUUACCAUCUUCAGUGUAGAACAGGCAGAUAAUCGCCAACAACGCCCCCGCCGAAAGAUCUUUGCCCGUAUCACAAGUCACCAGCAACGACCGCGACGGAUCAGAGCCAAGUUGUGCGGCGACAAAGUCUCGCACUUUAUCCAACGACUUCCGCAGGUCCCGACUACCUAGCUUGGCCGACGCACAACCCAGAUUCAGACGCUUUAGAUUUUCCACCGCAGGGGCAGGGUCACCAUUACAGUCGAUGAUGAGGUCAUACUGUGCACCAACAUCGACACGUGCAUCAGUCUGACUGAUAUACAAAUUCCGAGUCGGCGAAAUGACGGUUGCUUUGUUGUCAGUAUUCUGGCGCGUAUACUCCCCCACCAACUCCGCAAUCACACCGGGCAAAUCCUCCUCGGCCGUCCGUUUGAGAAGAAGUCGGUUCGCCCAGAACACUGGCGGCGUUAGCCCGUGCGCCCAUGCCUCGCUGUCAUCACCGGCACCCUGGAUGUACCCGCCCUCCGACAUUUCCGCGCCAUGCACGCGCUUUGAUGCAGAGCAUAGCACUAGCAGGUGAUACUCGGGACUCUUGUGCAGGUCUGUUGGAUGGAAGUAUGAGCGAUUAGCCCAGGCGACUCGCAUGGGUUUGCCGAGUUGCUGCCGUAAAGUAUCGAGGUCAAGCUUGAGACUCUGCAUUUGAGAAAUGUCAGCCUAAACUGCAUGCUAGCUAGCCCCUGCGGGUGCGGUUCAACCCGGGUGAGAUGG